AUGACGUCGCAUUCUAUGAGGAACAAAGCACCGCUGGUGCUGCCACCAGAGAAGGGCAGCUUUCCGCUUGAUCGAGAGCAGGCCUGCUCUGAAAAGGGCAGCAUCUACAGGACUUGCCUUCGCGAUCACAACAACAGUUCCUCCAUUUGCCGGCAGAAGGCGAGGGACUAUUUUGAGUGUCGGAUGGAUCAUGGCUUGAUGCAGCGAGAGCCUUGGGACAAACUCGGUCUGGGCGACGAUCAGAUAGAGGAAAAGAGCGCUCCUAUUGACGUGCACACGAAGGAGCAGACCGGAUGGGUGGCGGGAGCAAAGUAUCGCCAGCGCCCAUCUUCGUAG